CUUCUAUUCUGUCCGCCACGCCUGACGCCCGUAUCCACCAUUGAAGAUCAUCGCAAGUCUUUGCUGUGAAGCUUACUGAUGGGAGUAACGAUCUAGGUUUUCAGAUCGAAGGAAAUGUUUAUCUUUAUCUCGAAAGGAAAGCGAAGCUGACAAGACUUCUCUUCAAAAGAAAACAGAAUGAGAUCAUCUUCGGAGAGAAUUAACAUCGCCGCCAGUACCCGGAGGCUCGAUGUUGACAAUCGAUUUCCUCUUCGUUAUUACUAUCGAGUCGCCGAUAAUAUUUUGAAACAGGCUGACAUCUUUCGAGCAGAGAAGAACAUAAUUGAUCUUUAUGUCAUGUUAAUGAGAUUUUCCAGUUUGGUCACCGAGACUAUACCUCGCCAUCGGGAGCAUGGAACAACUCCUAAAUACCAAAAAAACUAUUUUAGAAAGAGGCUAUUGAACGCUUUGAGCGAGCUUGAAGAAUUGAAGCCAGCAGUUCAAAGAAAGGUGGAUGAAAUAAAUGGAAAACAAAAACAUCAAGUUAAUGGGCGGGGUAAUCAGCAUCACAAUGGUUCACGUUCAUUGGAAUGGGAUUCUGGUGGAAAGCAAUGGCUUACUUAUAAUGGUACAGCUAAGGAUGGUAGAUCAGCCGCUAGAGAAAUUGCUCGUCAGGGUUCAGGGCCUCAACAAUUUUCAUAUUCCAGACCUAUUCAUAUCCCACUUCCCAAGGAGGAAACAUUAUCCCGUCAUUCUAUUUUGGGUCCCAAUGGGCUUCAUGGCCAGUGGCAACCACCUAUCGUUGAUAAAGGGGUUCAAUAUCCACGUAUUUUGGAUCUGUCUCCUAUUGAAAUUCCGAGCUUACAACAAUCAAAAGAAACCAAACUUACAAUAGAAAAAGAUCUUGGAAAUGUGGAAAAAGAACGAUCUGAUACAGAUUCAAUAUGCACCCAGAAUGAGGAUCCUCAGAUACAUAAUGCUAUGGAAAGAGGUUCCUUGAUCUCCUUUGAAAAAGUUGAAAUGCAUGCCCCUAUUGAAAUUGUGAGACAGCCUUCUCCUCCACCUGUACUUGCUGAAGUACAGGAUCUGAUACCUGCAAUGUCACCUCAAGUUCCUGAGGUAGAAUGUGCACGAGGCAUUUCAUUGUCAGAUGGUUUUGUUCAUCCAGAGGCUUCUAUGCAAUUGCACAUUUCAACCACGAUGAUGGACGGCUUCAUGAGGCUAGCCAAGUCAAAUACUGCCAAGAAUUUAGAAACUUGUGGUGUUCUUGCUGGUUCACUUAAAAACAGAAAAUUUUAUGUUACUGCACUCAUUGUACCAAAGCAGGAAUCGACAUCUGAUACUUGUCAGACGACCAAUGAGGAAGAGAUAUUUGAAGUGCAGGAUAAGCGAUCUUUAUUCCCACUUGGGUGGAUUCAUACGCAUCCUUCACAGUCAUGCUUCAUGUCGUCGGUUGAUGUGCACACACAUUACUCAUAUCAGGUUAUGUUGCCCGAAGCUGUUGCUAUUGUGAUGGCUCCCAAAGAUAGUGCAAGAACCCAUGGCAUUUUCCGGUUGACAACCCCGGGUGGCAUGUCAGUUAUUCGGCAAUGCCAACAACGUGGCUUUCACCCGCAUGGUCAGCCUCCUGAUGGCGGACCCAUUUACAAAACCUGUACAGAUGUAUACAUGGACCCCAAUUUGAAAUUUGAUGUCAUCGAUCUUCGGUGACCACUACCAUUGGAUUCAAACUGGUAAUUUUGUGGCAUUGAAACAACCUAAUUGUUCGUACAGAUCUUAAGUUCUACCACUAGAGGCUAGCUCCUUUAACUUUGUUCAUACAUACGCUUCACCUCCAGAGGUAAUGUUGGUCAAUCUUCUUUUAGCUCGAGCUUUUGUGUACCAAGUAAUUUCCGAAUACUGAAAGAAAGAGAUCUCAUCCAAACGUUAUUUCUUGUACAGACAUGUUUGCAUUGUCUUGAUGAGGAAGUCUAUACCUUACAAUGACUUUAGGAAAUAUGUUGAGGAAAGGAAACGACUCAUGUUAAUUGUUAGCAAAUGAUGUAUAGAUAUUGAGAUUCCUUUUGAUAUGCUGACUGUAAACAUUGUUAGUUCAUUUCAUUUUUGCUUAAGAUCGCCUUUUCUGCUUCUUUA